CUUUAUUAUUUUUUACGAUUAAAUUGUAAUUUUUUGUUAUAUUUGCUUUUUUUUCAUUCAAACAAUGUGUUUGUUUCUGAUGGUACCUUCAUUUCAGUUACCAUCAGUCAGUUACUAAUACCGUUGACUUGAAAUGUACUUGAUGAGAUAAGUGUUCCAAACAAUUACUAUGGCAUCAAAUGCGGAAGUUUUGAAAUGGCAGCGUUUUUUUACUGCUGCUGGUAUCCCAGGUGCGGUUGCACUGAAGUACUCAAAAUCCUUUGUUGAACAGCGCAUGCAGUUCACAAUGUUAGAUGCCCUGGAUAAAUCGGUGCUGAUUGAGCUCGGUAUUGUAACAGUGGGAGAUCAGAUCGCUAUUCUGCAACAUAUCCGAAAGCUGAAAUCCUCUGGGAAAGAAGUAAUGGACCACAGCUCGUCAGCAAUGAAAUCGGACAAUAUAUCUGCCACAAAAGAACGGAAAGUGCCAUCAGCAGCACCAGACCGUGACGACAUCUAUCAUAUCCAUCUACCAAUCGGUGCGACACCAAAAACGCGAGCCAUUCUUCAAAAACAUAACAUGUUAAAAUCUGCAGGUUUGUUGAAACGUGGUUCCGAUGGGAUACGACAGUCAGGAAAGGAUGUUCUUCCAUCGGCAAAACAGAAUAUUACAGUCCGUCAGAGUAGUGCAACAGGCAGCAAAUAUGCUACCAAUGUGGCUGCAUCGUCAGAGGUGUCUUCUACCACGGAUGAAUUUUAUGGCCGUUUGGGUGUUAAAGGUCUCGUGUCGGAUCACUUGGGUCCACGAAAACAUUCUGUUGGGAGUAGUCGAUCCAAUACUUCAUCAUCAACAAGUUUAUUUGGACGUGCCAUCAACGAAAGUGCAUCGAGUCGUAUUGUAGAGCCAGUAUUCAGAGUUAGACUCAGCAACAUGGAGGUGUGGAAUCCUCGCAGCAGAACUGGGUCAAAGUUCACGGGAGCUAUAAGAAAGCAAAGGAGGCAAAGCACUGCACCUAUGAAGAAUACUGCGCGCUCGAUUGUCAAUAAAAGACGUACUCUUGAUCGGGACAGACCAUCCGUCUUUUAUCGUUUGGGUUGAAUCGUUGAUAAAGUGUUUGAUUUGAAAAUGCUAGUAUUCUUUUGGAAAGGGUAUGGAGCUCAAGUCCAGAUUUGUUAUCAGCUCGCAGUUAAAGUCCAGAUAUGUUAUCAGCUCGCGGUUUCGUCGUGCUCGCAGUUAAUCGCGUGUCAUUUUCUGCUAAAAAGUUGCAGAGAUCUUUGUAACAUUGUCUUGUAUUAUUUUCAAUUUCCGUCUGUAGAACUGUCUCUCUCACCCUUCGUAAUUUUAGAUUUUUCAGUUUUUCCUUACUUCUCGAGAAGUACUCGUCUUCUAAUUAGC